AACAAAGGCCUGAUGUUACACAACGUUUUAACUUUUUAAACAGUAAAUACUGCACUGGGGACAAAGUAGUAUAUAUUGAAAUUGUAAUAUUUUAUGAUGGACUUGUCACUUUCGGUAUAGUGAAUGAUAUAUAUUUGCUCCUCAAAAGUAAAGUAAGGAGAUACAUGUGUAUUUUUCGAGUAAUAUAACAAGCAAAUCCACGUAUCACAUCAUGUGCAGUUUUUGACCAUGAAAUCAUAAAAACAGUCGAUCAUUGUCUGUUCAAUCACUGCCUGGAAGUAUGUCUGUCUCUUGUAUUUCUCAAAACCGUACUCAAGUUGGUUAAGUAAUCAAGCAAUAAAACUUGUCAACCCUUCCCGGGAGCAACAACAGUGACGACAUUUCAAGUGAGGGCGCGACACAGGAUCACGUGAUUUCGUGAUUAGAGCGUGAACGUUCACAUGCCACAAGAUGCAUCCUUUCUCCAUUAUUCAUCCAAUUAAAGUGUUGCCUCUUAUUUUGGUACUGGCAAUACGUAGGGUCUCCAGUGAGACAUGUGCUAAGAUAGAUUCUUGCAGCUGUAAACACGCAAAUGGUAACGUGGACCUCCAUCCUCUGGCGCUCAGCAAUGGCAAAGCGAGAUUUGAAAACAUUCAAGCCACUUCCGGCACAGACAAAUUCUCCUGGAAUCCUUGCAAAGAUUUCACUCAAGGGUCAUGUCAGAACGUAGCGGCGUGUCAAAUACAGAGCAGUGGCUCUUGGUGGUCCAGCUAUUAUCCUAUAGGAAGCCAGAACACAGCCCAGUUUACGUCAGACGGGUCCACGAACAUCAUCCUCACGUACACCAACACGCAUUACGGCGUUACAAGGUUUACGUACAUAACACUUAUAUGCGACUCCAAAGUUGAUGCCCAAUUGACCGCCGACGGUGAAAAGUCGUCGAGAAGAUACUAUAUGACCCUAAAGAGCAAGUAUGCUUGCCCUGGAGGCGGCAGUGACAGUGGCGGCAGCGGUGGGACCGGCGGGGGAAGCAGUGGGGGCAAAGAUGACAAGGCAGCCAAACAGGGAGGAAAGGACAAGUCCGAAGCCAGUAUAGGAGGAGGAUCAGUUAUGAUGAUCAUCUUGGUCACUGUGAUCCCCAUAUACCUCAUUGGUGGCAUCCUUACUCAGAAAUUCAUUCGCCAUAAAUCCGGUACAGACGUGAUUCCAAAUAAGGACUUUUGGACGGAUUUUCCAUUUCUAGUUAGGGAUGGUGUGUUAUUUGUCUUCCACAAGUGCAGACCAGGAUCUACGUAUAGUAAUGUGUGAGAAUUGUGAGCGAACGUCCGUUACCUGUUUAGAUGUGCUCUGCUGCUACAUUUAAGGCAUGACUAUAUGUGACUGACAAAUAAUGGCUUGAUUUAAAAUAAAAAAAAAAA